AUGUCUUUCGGAAGCAUCUUCAAAUCCACCUCCAAGAAGCCCAACUCCUCACCCGAAGGCGCACCACCAGCCAAACGCAUGAAAUACACGCCGCCCAACUCCGAGCGCGACGCUCUUCCCCCUCCUCCCUCCCUCUUCCGCCCUCGUGGCCAGGUACUUCGCAGAGCCAAGUCGAUGUCGCAUAUCCAUCGUCCCAACGCCGCAUACCCGCCACUGUCGCAACAGCACCCCCGCCCGUUUCUCGCGCACGAUUGGCUUGGGGAGCUGUACUGGGUUGAGCCGCGUCCGCUGCCGUAUAGCGAUGAUCCAUUUCCUUAUGCGAGGUCGCCGAGGGGUGGGGGAAGGUAUGAGAGGGGGAAUGGGGAGGUUCCUGGGUACUUGAGGACGAUUUGUGCUGAGCCGAGGGGUGGGACUGUGGUGCCGCGUGUUCCUUCGAGGUAUGUGGAUCGGCGUUGCGAGCGACAGCCGACGAGGGAGGGGAGCGAGAGGGCUUCUCGGAAUUCUGGCGAAGAGGGAUUGAUCGAGUCGAGCGCCCAGCUCAACGCCGAAGAUAAUCUCUUGAGACUGGCACGAGGCAUGGCCACAUUAUCCAUGGCGAGCCCGCCUUCGCGACUCGACCUGAAUUCGGCCCCUCCAAUUGCCCACCGCCCAAGACCAGGCGAGCCAGGCCCGUCGGCCCCUCACAUCAGGCACAGCAAGUCCAUCGCCACCCUCCCCACUCCUCCCCCCUCCUCGCGAAACCUCUGCGAACAACCCGCUCGCCCAGCAUCACCGUACAACUUCAGCCGCCCACCCACCCAACAGGCGCCGCAAACCCUACAAAACUACCCCGGCAAAGGCAAAACCUGCAUCGACUCCCGCUCCACAGCAUCCACCCCCCCGCCCAGCCACUAUCCCCCCGCCCCUUCGCCGCCGCCAAACUACCCUCUCCCCGCUGUCCCCGUUUCGUCAAAACCGGCACCGCCACCGCCGGAUUACUACGCCCGCGCUCGCGCGUUGGCGGAGAGUAGAGCGGAGUGGCAUGCGCGCUACUUCCCUGCUAGCACUACCGCUGUCUCGCAGGAGGAGAGGCGAGGGGACGUCUCGCCGUUUGCGCAGGGGGUGGUGCGGGGAUCGCUGGGUACGGGGCAAGGGACAGCGAUGCGGGUAUUGCAGACGGCUGCCGCGGGAUCGCCUGGUGUGGGUGGGACUGGCUACGGAGACGUUGGUGGAGCCGUCAGUCCGCUCUCGCCAACCUGCACCCCGGCGCCGACGGGACAGAUGAACGGCACGACGCAGGAGAGGUCCGCCGAGCCAUCGGUGUCUGCCUCCAGCGAGAGGGUGCCUCAUCCUCGAGCAGCGUCUUCUAUAGGAACCGCAGCUACGGUGCCUUAUGCUGACGAAGGCGACGGUCGUGUUAAGACAGGGAGGGCAGCGGAGGCUGUACCAGUAACUGUUGAUGAGGCGGAGGCCGGUUAUGGAAUGGAGAGACAGCAGUGGGAUUCCGAUCUUGCUCGACACGAUGGUUAUGAAGAUGAGGAUGAAGAUGAAGAUGGCACGCCUAGAGCGACUGAGCGCGACGCGGUGAGGAUUUUUCUGAAAGCGUUGGAAUCGGAUCGCGACUGA